AUUAAGAGAAGAAAGGUGAGACCCCUGUCAUUGGUAUGAACAGUGUUAAAACGGACGAAGCUCUGCAAGACGUUUGGGAAACAAAUCUAAUUCCUGCAGUUGUUCCAGACCAUACGAGCAGUUCGCCACAUGUCAUUUCAGAACAGCCCAGGACGACGCUUUCCUCCUUGCCGGAUGGAACAGCAGCAGCAGAGCUAAAAGGAUCCGUCCACCAUUACACUCGAAGAACUCACCAGCCCAGCAAAAAUCCAGAAGUGUCCGCUCGCUUAGCUGGCGUCGAGGAGGUCGUCAUAUCAUUGGAACAAUCCUUUCUUCACUGUGUGAGCUCUAACGCGACGAAAUAUUUUGUGCGGGACGUGUCCAAAGGAGAGGAGUCAGUAAUUUUUGAAGCGACCCAGGCAGCGUCAACCAUCUGGAAUUUUGGAUCUCUUAGAAAUGUCGUCCUUAGAGCAGACGACGUGCCGUUUGCACGAGUUUGUUUCAAAGAAAAGCAUUAUUGCAUUGAGAGUCUUGUUUUGGCAGUUUACGCACCUCCUGAAUCUCUCAUUGGCACAGUUGAAGAAAGUUCGAGCUGCUUUGUGCUUUCUUCGGAAUUCAUUCUUGGAGAUUCGAAUGGGGACCAUUUGUUUCGGAUAAAUUGUGAUAAAGGAUUCUGCACUUCUCAAUUUUUUGUCACUUCUUUACAAAACCUUGAUGAUUCGAAUGACCAAGUGGCACAAAUCCUUGAAAAAUCCGGCACCAGUAUUAGAGUCAAGUUUGUUGCAAAAAUGAGCAUUACCAGCAAGUUGAUCUUGAUUGGAUUUUGUAUCGGGGCUAUUCAUAAAGGAUUUUGCCAGAACAUGACCGACUCACAAAGUUAAUACUUCAAUCUCUGUUAUAUAAAUAUUUUAUUUUUUAACCGCCAAUUAUGUAUACAUACACUUUCAUCAAAACAACUUGUCAUCAUAAUUAUCUUUGAGAGAAUGAAUGAGAACGACAACCAAUUUAUACAGCUUGACAACUUGAGACUUUCCCAUUUCUGGAAACUCUCUCACAUUGCCUCCGCUCUUCUAAAUCAAUCAAAACGUUUAUAAAUAAUAAAUCAAACAUUACAAAUCGCAA